CAGUGCACUGGAACGGUCAUCAAUGUUUAUCAUGUCUCGCGCAUGACUCGUUGAAAUAGUCUUGAACUCGAGACGUUGAAAAGUCUUGUACUCAAGACCCAUAGAUGGAUUGUAGAUAUUCUUGCAGGAUCUCGAGAGCCUCCGUGGGUAUGAUUCUCAUCAGUCGAUAGAUUUGCAGAUGAAGGUCUUGAUUUGCAGCGCACAUCCUUGGCCGCUCCAGUUGGGUUUUCAACCCGUACAUUCCUCACUCAACCGUGUCGAGCUUCUUAGUCUGUGGGUGCCAGUUUCGGCCCGGCGUGACAAAGAACGUCGGUUAGGUUCCGUUAAUCCGUCAUUGACCUGUGUGCACAUGUCAUAGGCGAUGCUGACUGCUGGUUUUGUCGGCUCUUAUGCGCCGAUCGGGUCAUUUUACCACUGAGUCAUGCCUCGACUGAGUAAUGCGCAGAUGUUGCACAGAGCGUAUAUAACGGCGUGGUGACCUGGUGAGUACCCCCACACAGAGAACACAGUAUCAGUAUCGGAUAAUGAGCGGGUUCACUUACGCACUCUGGCUGGGUGAAGAUGGACGUUACGACCCGGAAGAAACUGAAGAAACAUGGGGUGAGUAUGGAGGCCGG